UCAGUCAGUGGAGAAACCCUGAGAUUCUGUUCCCAUUUGUUAAGAACGUGAAGUUCUUCAAGGAGCAAAGUCUUGAUGAGAGCGAUCUUCGUACAAUUUGUGAGCGCCUAGAAGUUGUUCAAAUGAGUGCUGGCAAGGAUGUCUUUAAAUGUGGAUAUUAUGGAGACAGGUUCUACAUAAUUCUUGAGGGUGAAGUCUCAGUUCUAAUCCCUAAGAAGAAAUAAGGCUAGCCCUAAAAAAUCGAAGAUGACCAGCACAAGUAUUCAUACAAAAAUAUUGAUGAAAAGACAUCGAGCAAUGAGCAAAGCUGAUGAUAUGAGCAGUAUAAAUGAGUCAGUUUCUAAGUUUAAGAAGAGAGACAGGGCAGAGAGUUAUGCUCUCAGUCAGAUUUCAAAUGAUAAUACUCCUCAAAGCAGCAUGAGUAGACAGAAUCAAGGUAGAGAAGGAUUCACUAAUAAUCUCGUCGUUGAAAAAGAUCAAGAUAGCAACAGAGAGAUGAAAUAUAUGCAAGUUGCUAUCCUUAAAUCAGGAUCAAGCUUUGGUGAAUUAGCUCUGAUAAGUCUCAAGCCAAGAUCUGCUACCAUCAGAUGCCUGACAAACUGUAAAUUUGCUGUUCUGGCUAAGAAAUACUUUACAAUAAAGGAGGAUAAAAUUAGUGAAAAAGUAAGCUACCUCAAAGAAAUCCCUUUCUUCAAAGAUAUUACCAAGACUAAGCUUGCAAAGUUCAGUUACUUCUUUGAAGAAAAGUGCUUUCAGAGAGGUCAAGUCAUCUACAAGGAAGGAGAAGAGUGCAAAUUUGUGUACAUUGUGAAAGAAGGAGAAUUUGACUUCUACAAAUAAAAUGCCUCCAGAUUCAAAUAUUAAACUAGACUACACUGAGUAUCUUUCUCAGUAUCCACAAAAUGAUCGGAAGGGGAGAAGCAAUGGUGUACUUGGAGAAAGUAUGCAUGUUCCCCAAUUUCAUAUCUCUUUGCUAGGCAAAGGGAAGAUCUUUGGAGAAGAUGAUGCCUUAAUACACCAGAGAUACACUAAAUCCUGAGUCUGUAACUCUUCCAAAGGCGUUCUAUUCUAUGCACACGCUGGUGAGUUUAUCAACCAACUAAAAUAACUUCUCUGAAGAGUGAUAUGAGAGCAUGGUGGAGGAUGUGUACUCUAAGAAUGACCAAAUCUAUUCAAAAAUAGAUAAAAAGGCCAAGAUGACUGAUCAUACCAACUUUUACACCACCCUUGAGUUGUGUCUGAAAAUGAGGUAUAAGAGAAGGAAGAAGAAAAUCUCAAAGACUAAUUACUCUACAGAUUUUGAAGAAGAAGCAGCAGAUAUUAUGGAUAUAGUCCCUAAAUCUAGUAGUAAGAAGAAGAGAAAGAAGACUGGUAGAGUAAAAGGGAAAAUAUACAAAGCAAUGGUUACUUCAUUAAACUCAUCAAAUAAAUUAUAAGGAGUAUUGGAAGAGAAACUAGAAAUUUGGGAAGAAUGCACUUGAACUCAAGAAUUUCAAAGAAGAAGAAUUCUUUGUCUCCAACUUCAAAUUGUAGUGAUACUAAAUAUGGGAGUUUUUAUGAUCCAAAUAAAUCAACUUCUAGCAGUAUGAUUCGUAGAGUCACCGAAAGUAAAUUUAACAUGGGCAGGCUAUCUCUGAAAGUCAAACCAGAGCUCAACAAUACAACUCAGACUGGAAUGUCAGGGUUUAAAACAAAGAAGAAUUUGAAGAAACAGAGACCUAAAACAGCUAACAAGGCACAAAGUAAUAGAAUGAGAGAAGAAACUAUUGCUUCAAUAGCUAUUCAUCAACAACCUAACACGGAUUCGAAAGAUAAGGAUUUAAAAGAAGAGUUUCUUAAAAAGCAUUCAAGCAGCUAUUGUGGAGAUUCAACUACUUCAAUUCAACGUAGUCUACUCUACAGAGCACGUAAUUCUAAUUUUAGUAGCUUAUAUCUUUCCAAGGAAUAUCUUAAAACAAAAGCUUUGAACAGGAUGAUCCAUCGUUCUCAAAAUGAGAUUAGCAGGAGCAUUGUGAAGGAUAAUUACAUUAGCACCCCACAAGCUACUAGAGAAAUUCCAUUUGAGCGGGUAUUGAAAUCUAGCUGUAAGAGAUCAAGAGUUGUCCCAAUAGCUUCUACCAUUCGGCCAAGAUCAGGACGUCUUGGAUGAUCACUUAAGUCUAAGUUUUAAUGAGAGUUGAAUUUUCAAUUGAUCUAAA